AUGUAUUUCAAGGAUUGUUCCUGUAUUCUGCGGACAACAGUUGAAUCAAUCAGACAAGAAAAGCAAUCAGAAAAUAGCAUCCAUCAAUACUUGGCAGAUGAACCCGAGUUAUCCUGGAUUCAUCCAUAUGGAAGAGAUGAAACGGUACUUUGUUCUUCUGACGUCUCCCAUUAUGAACUCCAGGUGGAAAUAGGAAGAGGAUUCAACAAUUUAACUUCGAUCUACCUUGCCCGACACACGCCUACAGGAACGCUUGUGGCUGUAAGGAUCACAGACUUAGAAAGCUGCUCUGAAGAACAUUUGAAAGCUUUACAGAAUGAGGUGGUGCUAUCCCACUUUUUCCAGCACCCCAACAUACUGACACUUUGGACAGUGUUUACUACUGGCAGCUGGCUUUGGAUCAUCUCUCCGUUCAUGGCCUACAAUUCAGCUAGUCACCUACUGAGGACUUACUUCCCUGAAGGAAUGAGUGAAGCUUUGAUAGGAAACAUUCUGUUUGGUGCAGUUAGAGGGUUAAAUUAUAUGCACCAAAAUGGCUACAUUCACAGGAAUAUGAAAGCUAGCCACAUUCUGAUUUCAGGGGAUGGUCUGGUUUCUCUGUCUGGCUUAAAUCAUCUCUACAGUUUAGUUAACAAUGGACAGAGGUCAAAGGUUGUGUAUGAUUUUCCCCAUUUUAGUACUUCAGUACUUCCUUGGCUGAGUCCUGAGCUACUGAGACAGGAUUUGUAUGGGUAUAAUGUGAAGUCUGACAUUUACAGUGUGGGGAUAACAGCAUGUGAAUUAGCCAAUGGAUAUGUACCAUUUCAGGAUAUACCUCGUGCAAAGAUGCUGCUGCAUAAGCUGAAAGGUCCCACUUAUUGUCCCUGGGAUAUAAAUACCUUCCCAUGUGGGGAAUCCAGAAUGAAGAAUUCACAGUCAGGUGUGGAUUCUGGAAUUGGUGAAAGCAUGACGCACACAAUGACUAGUGAGAGAUUGCAAACUCCCUCCUCAAAAACAUUUUCCCCUGCUUUUCACAACUUGGUAGAACUCUGUUUGCAACAGGACCCCGAGAAAAGGCCAUCAGCAAGCAGUUUGCUGUCACACACUUUCUUCAAACAGGUAAAAGAACAAACAAGGAGUUCCUUACUUUCACUGUUGCCACCUCCUAUCCAACACAAUAGACCACAAUUCUUGCCACUGCCCUCAAGAGCAAGCAGGCCUGAGUUUGGGUGUUUUUACCCAAAUGAAAGAGACAUAGAGUGGGACUUUUAAAACAAUGACAAACCAUCAUACCUCCCCCAUGCUUCAA